AUGUUGCCGUGGCUGAUGACCGCAUGCAUCUACCCGUGUGUUGUAGGCCCGGAUUUCUGGGGUCUGGUGAACCGCGACUGGCGUAUGUGUACUGCUGGUCAAAUGCAAAGUCCUGUGAAUAUCGAUCCAACUCAGCUGCUCUUCGAUCCACACCUCGAACGGAUUUCGAUUGAUGACGUACAU